AGUUAUUAAUAAAAUCACGUUAUUUUGCAUUAAAAUAAAAACAAAAGAAAUGUGGUUAAAAUAGCAGUUGAAGAAAAAAUCUUUUAAAAAUUAUAUUUAAACAACGAAUAGUUAUUUAAUCCAGAUAUAAUCCCACAAAUAUAACUGACCAUAUUGAAUCGAAAAGUAAACAGGAGAGGCCCACUUGAACUGUGCAGUGUAGCUAGUGGUGGAUUCUAAGUAGAGAUCCAGAGAGCGGUGGAGAGCAUACGAACAGCAAUAAUCAUCGUACAAGUGCUGUUUGGCAUUUGGAAUUGUUUUGCCGCAAAUACAUUGAGAUCGUAAUCAUCAUGAAAUUAGUUUCAAAAAUGCCAUCAGUUAGCUUAGCACGUAGUAGAGAUUCUACAUUGUUGGCAGCGGCCGCUGUUCUACUGUUGACAUCAUCCUAUUGUUGGGAUCUGGUGGCUGCGCAAAGCAAUCAGGCUCAACAACAAGUCUGUCCCGAGCAAAACGAUAUUGCUCCCUGUGUUUGUACGGUGAAAAAGAAUGGCCUGGAUAUUUUAUGUGAGACCACCGACUUGGCUCACAUUACGAAAUCCAUGGGUACACUAAAGGGCAAGAGUCCCAUAAUAUUCUAUUUGAAAUUACGUCAUAACAAUUUACCCAAACUACAAGGUUUCGUAUUCCUGGCCUUGGAUAUACGUCAUUUAACAAUACACAACAGUAGUUUAGCGGCCAUUGAAGAAAAUGCUCUCAGCUCUUUGGGUAAGGGUCUCACACAACUGGAUGUCUCGUUGAAUCAAAUGAAAACGGUGCCUUCGCUGGCAUUAAAGCAUCUUUAUCAUUUGUUAAUUUUAAAUUUGAAUCACAAUAAGAUCACUGUUAUUCACAAUAAUGCUUUUGAGGGAUUGGAUACACUGGAGAUUCUUACACUCUAUGAAAACAAAAUAAAUCUUAUUGAGCCGGAAGCAUUUAGAGGUUUAGAAAAACGCUUGAAACGUUUAAAUUUGGGUGGCAAUGAAUUGACUGCAGUCCCUCAAAAAUCCCUAUCAAUUUUGGAUAACUUGAAAAAAUUGGAAAUUCAAGAGAAUAAAAUUAAAACCAUACGUGAAGGAGAUUUUGAGGGACUUGAAAACUUAGAUUCACUUAUAUUGGCCCAUAACAUGAUCAAUACUGUGCCGGCAAAUGUAUUUUCUCAUCUAACACUUUUAAACUCUUUGGAAUUGGAGGGCAAUAAAAUCAUCAAUAUUGACAAAGAUGCCUUUAAAGGCUUAGAAGAAAAUCUUCAAUAUUUACGCUUGGGCGAUAAUAAUAUACAGGCCAUACCCAGCGAAGCCCUAAGGCCUUUACAUCGUCUAAGACACUUGGAUUUGAGAAAUAAUAAUAUCAGUGUCAUCAGUGAUGACGCCUUUACCGGUUACGGUGAUUCUUUGACCUUCCUUAAUCUCCAGAAGAAUGAUAUCAAGGUAUUACCUAGUAUGAUAUUUGAAAAUUUAAAUUCCCUGGAAACUUUAAAUAUACAAAAUAAUAAAUUAACCCGCCUGCCGCAAGACAUUAUGGAGCACAUCAUCGAUACCCUAAGAAUAAUUGAUAUAACAGACAAUCCAUUGCAAUGCUCUUGUGAAUUGACCUGGUUCCCGAAACUCUUGCAAGAUCUGAAGAACAAAGAUGACGAAAUGGCACAGAAAAAGAAACCCAUGUGUCACAUGCCCGUUGAGAAUCGUGAAUACUAUGUCCAAGCUAUGCCAUUGGAAAAAAUGCACUGUGCUGGUCUAUCACCGAGUGCGGCAAGUGAUUUACUGGACACAAAUGGUGUGUUGUUGUUAUGGCGUUUACUACCAGUAAAUAUGCUUGUGACGUUUUUGUGUACUUUUUAAAGGAAUACUUUGGUGGAGUCAGUGGUAAAUUACAUUUAAACAUACUACAUUUCUAACACCAACCAACAACAACUCUAAAAUCUCCAAAAAAAAACUAAAAAGAACGACAGACAGAAAGAAAGAUAGAUAGAUUACUUGCUAUAGUUAUGCAUAUAACGAUCAUGUGUGUUAUGAUCGCUCGCUGGACUAAUGAAUGUCGUAGGCAAAAUUGCAACAACAGCAACAAGAAACAACAUUAUCAUAGAUACGAGCACUGCUAUUUUUUUAUAAAUUGUGUGUAAAUGUGUAGAAUCGAAAAAGUGUGAGAAGUGAGAAAUCGAUCGGCUUUUUUUAUACAUACUUUAAUAUACAUAUAUAUUCUAUAUUCUUAUUACUAUUUAUUAUCAUCAUUUUCUAGGUUUUAGGUCUACUCUAACAUUUACUUUAAUAUUUAAGGCAAAUUUAACAAAUCUAAGUGUGUAUUUUGGUGUAAUACAAAUAACUAUAGGGAUUUAU